UGAGACUCGAGAUUCUCACGUUAUGCGUGUUAAAUGACACGUGGCAGAUGAUCCGACUCCUUUAUCCCUAUCAGGCCCCACCCAUUAUAUAGAGGAGAACCACCAGAAGCAGAUUGAUUGUAUUAUUUAGGUUCCAGAACAGGCAAAAUACCGUCUCUUUUAAUGAACAAAAGGCUGAAGCUUUAGUGAAAGAGAAACAGCGAGUUACGGUUGGAAACUGGAAGUGAUGAAAACCUUGGCGAGUUCUUGCUCCAACGCAAUCAUUGACAAGAAUAGAGAUAAAGGGUUUUCUUGUUUUAAGGAUCUUUCUCGUGGUAGAGCUGAAGUAUGCUUAUUACCUUCAAAAGAGCUUGUUAGAAUCCGGUUCUUUCAUUUGCUUUCUGUGCAACACAGGCUUCUGCAGCCUGUUUUUUCAUCUUCUUUCUUGUCACCACACUCACAGGUGGACUUGGAGACAGCAGAAACUCAACCUGAAGAAGAAGAUCCAUCAAAGACUACUCAUGUCAAAUUCGAGUUACAGAAAGAGUGCUCAUUUGGCGAGCAUUUUUUCUUAGUAGGUGAUCACCCUAUGUUAGGCUUGUGGGACCCCGAGAGUGCUAUACCACUGACUUGGUCAGAAGGACAUGUUUGGACAGUAGAGCUGGAUAUACCUGUUGGACUAUCAAUCCAGUUCAAAUUCAUUCUGAAAACAAGCACUGGGAAGCUUUUAUGGCAACCAGGCCCUGAUCGGAUAUUUAAGUCCUGGGAGACUGAGAAUACAAUUAUCAUUUGCGAAGACUGGGAAGAAGCUGAAUAUCAGAAACUAAUAGAGGAACAAUCAUUAGCUAAUCAAGAUGGACCUCUUCUUGAUUCUGGGAUGGCAAUUGUCGCAGAGAACUUGAUACCGCCAAAGGAAGAACUUGAAUCUGACUCGAAUCUGGUAUCAGAUACCGAUGGUAUCACCUCUAUUGGAAAGGAGCCAUUUCAAGCAUUAUCUGAGGAUUUGGUCACAGUCACUGGCAAUAGUGCUCCUUCAAUAGAGAAGCCCUUGGCUAUUGUUGCGGACAAUAUUAGUUACCCAACGGAAGACUUCAUAGCAAAUGCAAAUAAUGGAGUGCUUGGUGUGAAGAGAACUACCUACCCAAUAGAUGCAGCAUUGGCUAUUUCAAAUAAGAAUGUUUUGGUAGCAGAGGACCUAGGAAAUAUCGGUAGAGUAGAAACACUCAAGAACCCAGCAAUUCCAGAUGUUGAGGGAAAUCCGGUAGCACAUGAAGGUAGUCCUGUUCUGGUACCUGGCUUGACUCCAUUAGCAACAGUGUCAACUGAAGAGGUAAUGCUGGAUGAAGAUGGAAAGGAUAGUACAACUAGUGCAUCAACUGGAGCUAAUGAAGCUAAAUAUCACAAAUUGCCGAAGUUUGUUCAGAACCAAGAAAAUGAAGGUGAACAACAGGAAGAAAAAACAACUGCCCUACCCAAGGAUGAGGAGGAACAGCUCGACAAUCAACACAUACAGAAGCCUCAACUAGCCAGAGAAGAACAUCCUAACCCUGAGCCUUUUCAAAGUAAUGUCUUUCAAAGUGAUAUCCAGUGGGGUCGUAAAACAAUACAGAAGUUUCUGAGCAGUUUAAGAUUUCUGUAGGUCAUUUAGAUUAAACUGGAUGUUAAUGUUUCUAUGAACCUGUUGGCAUGUUGUAUCAUUUGUGUUAAAUUCUAAAAAUGGCCUGGCAAAUAAAAUGAGGGUUAACCAUUGGUAGUGCUGUUAGUAUGUAUAUACAAACGCU